GCCGCCGCCUCCCAGCCUCCGCCAUGGACCUGUUCGGGGACCUGCCGGAGCCCGAGCGCUCGCCGCGCCCGGCUGCGGGGAAAGAAGCUCAGAAAGGAUCUCUGCUCUUUGAUGAUCUCCCUCCGGCCAGCAGUACUGACUCAGGUACAGUCUUCAGGCUCUCCCAGGAUCGGGGGGACCUUUGCUUUUUGAUGAUCUCCCACCAGCCAGCAGUGGUGAUUCAGAAGGGGAAAAUAGAGCCGAUUCUUCUAGGUUGUCAUAUGUGACGAAUGUAUUAUUCCACUAACUGAGAACUUCUCACAUGGAAUUCCCCCAAAGGGAGGGGGAAGAAAGGAAGAUUCUUUUACAUACACAUUGGGAAAACUGGAACACAAACAGUUCUCUUGACACUUCGAUAUCCCAGGUGGUAAAGAAUGAAGGGAAAGGAGCAAAGAGAAAAACCUCUGAAGAAGAGAAGAAUGGCAGUGAAGAGCUUGUGGAAAAGAAAGUUUGUAAAGGCUCUUCGGUGAUCUUUGGUUUGAAAGGCUAUGUGGCCGAGCGGAAGGGCGAGCGGGAGGAGAUGCAGGACGCCCAUGUCAUCCUGAAUGACAUCACCGAGGAGUGUAGGCCCCCCUCCUCCCUCAUUACCCGGGUUUCAUAUUUUGCUGUUUUCGAUGGACAUGGAGGAAUUCGAGCCUCAAAAUUUGCUGCACAGAAUUUGCAUCAGAACUUAAUCAGGAAAUUUCCUAAAGGAGAUGUAAUCAGUGUAGAGAAAACAGUGAAAAGAUGCCUUUUGGACACUUUCAAGCAUACUGAUGAAGAAUUCCUGAAGCAAGCUUCAAGCCAGAAGCCUGCCUGGAAAGAUGGGUCCACUGCUACGUGUGUUCUGGCUGUAGACAACAUUCUGUAUAUUGCCAACCUCGGAGAUAGUCGGGCAAUCCUGUGUCGCUACAAUGAGGAGAGUCAAAAACAUGCAGCCUUAAGCCUCAGCAAGGAGCAUAAUCCAACCCAGUAUGAAGAACGAAUGAGAAUACAGAAGGCUGGAGGGAAUGUCAGGGACGGGCGUGUCCUGGGUGUGCUGGAGGUGUCCCGCUCCAUUGGGGAUGGGCAGUACAAGCGCUGUGGGGUCACUUCUGUGCCAGAUAUCAGACGCUGCCAGCUGACCCCCAACGACAGGUUUAUUUUGCUGGCCUGUGAUGGCCUCUUCAAGGUCUUCACCCCAGAAGAAGCCGUGAACUUCAUCUUGUCCUGCCUUGAGGAUGAGAAGAUCCAGAGCCGAGAAGGGAAGCCCGCCGUGGAUGCCCGCUACGAAACCGCCUGCAACAGGCUGGCCAACAAGGCGGUGCAGCGGGGCUCGGCGGACAACGUCACCGUGAUGGUGGUGCGGAUAGGGCACUGAGGUGCUGCGGGCCGGAGCGCGGCGUGGUGUUGACUUCCCAUGUUCAUUUUGUGUGUUGUGCACAUUAUGUGUUUCGUGUACUCCUGUGGGAUUCCCAUGGUUGUAAAUAAAGGUUUCUUUUUUUUUUCUAGA